AUGGCAUUUCCCCCGAAGGCUGGAUGCCCAAUGUGCGGCAUAGUCGCGUCUGCCGCGGAGGCUCUUCCGAACUCUCCCCGUUCCCCGGUCUUUCAAGCUGGGUCGACGCAGCCAGAGGUGCUCUGGCGAGACGACAACUUCACGUGCUAUAGAGAAAAGGCGAACCCUGUGUCCAGCAAGGGCCACAUCGUCAUAGUGUUCAACUUGCAUGUGCCAUCACUGUACACCCUAUCCUCAAGUGACCUCCCAUUGCUCUCCCACGUCAAGCUCCUUGGAAAGAAACUCCUGUCCUCUCUAUCCACCCCAGCCUCCCCAGCAUACCACCCUUCAGUCGGCAGCUCAUCAACUCCGCUCCAGACAGACCAGUCCGCCUUUCGUAUAGGAUUCAUUACCUCGCCGUUCAAAGACAACAAAAUACCCGUUACGGAUCACCUGCACGCACAUGCCUACAUUGCCCCGGCGGACCUGGCCGGUUGGUGGAGAGGCAUAGCGUAUUCGUCUGUCGCGUGGUACGCCAUCGACGACUUGAUUGCGGAAAUUCGCGAGGAGACGUCGAAUAAUCGCGUUCGCUCCGGACAGAACAACCGUCCAAUUGACACAGUACCCGACGCUGGCGCGAGGAAGGGGACGGCGGACGGCAGGGAACUUACAGAUGCGGGCCUCGCAGUUGCCGACCCGGAAGCAGGCCAUCUUCCUUUGACACCGACCUCCGCUCCGCCACGGACGUCUUCGCACACUGAAAUACCUCCUUUACGAGUCUAA